AUGAGUGGUGGUACCUUGACUGUGGUAUCUUUAUAUCGUAGGCCUCAUGGUGCACUGCUCGCUAGUGAUCUUAACCCGAUUUUCGACCUCUCAAAUGAUGGUGGUGUGGUGAUUGGUGGCGAUCUAAAUGCCAGACACUCAUUUUGGGGCGACUCGGUGACAGACACGAGCGGUAGAACCCUGCGUGACUUACUUCUGAACAACCCUAAUCUGGAUAUACAUCCAACAGAUGGCCCUACGAGGAUCACUACUCACUCUUCUUCUGAAAAUGGCUCGUAUAAGCAAACUGCCCGUAAAUCGACUGGUGGCAAAGCACCACGUAAACAAUUGGCUACUAAGGCUGCACGUAAAAGUGCACCAGCCACUGGUGGUGUUAAGAAGCCACAUCGUUAUCGUCCCGGUACUGUAGCUUUGCGUGAAAUUCGUCGUUAUCAGAAGAGUACUGAAUUGUUAUUUCGUAAAUUGCCAUUCCAACGUUUGGUUCGUGAAAUUGCUCAAGAUUUCAAAACUGAUUUACGUUUCCAGAGUUCUGCUGUUAUGGCUUUGCAAGAAGCCAGUGAAGCAUAUUUGGUUGGUCUUUUCGAAGAUACAAAUUUGUGUGCCAUUCAUGCAAAACGUGUCACAAUUAUGCCGAAAGAUAUUCAAUUGGCCAGACGUAUUCGUGGUGAACGUGCUUAAGAAAGAAAAUAGAGAUGAUGAAUUGUAACAAAAAAUCGGUCCU